AUGAUUCAUCCGCGUCACUUGAAGGAAAAAGAGAAACAAGUUGAGAAGAAUGAGGUCCAGACUAAAGAGAAAGGCAUCGUUUUGCAGCCUUUGAAAUCCAAGUGGAAACCAAAUAUUGGUGCCAAGGAAACUACUGCUUCAAAUUCGGGCUUAACUGAUAAAGAAAAAGAAUCAAUUCCAGUUGAGCAGUCUGAUAAAGACAUAGAUUCUCCAAACGAAAUUCCAAAGGAUCACUCGAAUAUAAAUUGCAAUGAUAGGAUUAAGGCUGCAAAUGAUGUAGGUCAGGAUAGGACGGAGGAUGAAAAUAAUCUAAAGCAACUAGCUCCUCGCAAAAAGAUUGAUGGGGAGCUACCAAUGAAAGAUGAUCUAAACCAGCAAAACAACAAAAAUUGUUGUUGA